AGGAGGAGGAGGAGGAGGGGAGGAAGCUGUGGAGCUUUCAUUGUGCAGAGCGGAUGAAUAGUGGGAUUCAGAUGGUGGAGGGAGGUGGCCGAGCACAAUAGUGAAAGUGAGGGCUGUGUUUCCAGUCUUCCCGUCUGCCGAGGAUCCUUUUGCCCUCACUCUCCUGUUGCCUCGGCAACCCAAAAUCAUGAGUUAGCUGAGGUUUGGUUUGAAACGCCGCUCUGGGUCUGCUGGAUCACAUGUUGCACAGGCUGGUGCUGUGCUUGUCUUCUGCCCUCACUGUGUGUGAAGGUGCGGAGCUCUGCAGUCAGAUAAACACACUUCAUUCUGAUGUUGGAAGUUGAGUUCAUUUUAUUUUAUUUUAACGAUGAGAUUCUACGAAUAACAGUCGAGGUAUUAAAACUGAAUUCGUACAUUAGCGAGAUGACUGGAUUCAGACAAUCAUAAACUAACUGUCUCUUAAGUAUAUUGUGCUUCAUGUCAAAAACCAUGUUCCAUGUUGACAACAGUAGUCGUUGUUGUUAGCUGUUCUGUAGCAUUCCCAUAAUGCCUUGGGUUGAGUCUGUCGACCAAUCAGAGGCUGCGUUCUUGACUAGUCGACCAAUCAGAGGCUGCGUUCCUCCUGCGAUCCUUCCAUCCUCAAAUCUAAAUUAUUAUAUGAGAGAUAAUGAGAAUAAAAUAAAUGUAAUAACAAUUUUAGAUUCUGCAUUUUAGCAUUGUAAGGGAGGGGGGCGCUUUGAGAAUGGAUGUAUAGUUGUAAUUCCGUUGGUGGAUAAAAUGACCUUUCAUAUAAAUACAUGUAAUGCAGUUUAUUUGACCACGGUGGCAGUGAGAAGUGUAAAUACUCAGAAAUCUUGUCUUUUAUUUGAGUACCUUCUCAGCUGCUGAAUGGCUGCUGAGUUACUUGCAUUGUAAAAACCCAACCAGUCUGUCAGUGUUAACGGUAUUCUGAAUAAAAAUCAAACUGAAUCUCGUCCAAAACGUUUGGACCACGACCUCGUUGGCAUUAACAGGAAGGUUUCUCAGGUACACUUCCAAACCGUCUCUGGUGCUCUGGACGAGGUUCAUAGUCCAGCUGUGCUUCCAGCUGCAGAUGUGGGUCAAUGUGCUGAUGUUGAUGCUGUAUAUGUCAGUUUGCUCUGGGCGACAUCCAUUUGGACACAUUACUGAUCAAUGAGGGUCCUGAGCACUUUUCUGAUUGUCAAUAUCUUUCGGUCAGUUGAUAAAUGUGAUGUUUAACAGAACAACCUGAUUCAGACCGAAACAAACGGACUUCAAAAGUCUCCUCAAAACCUGCAGCAUAUCGGCCCCAAAAUCAACAGUGAAGCAGCGCAUUCUUAAAGGCUUUCUAACUGUUUCCUCCAGUUAAAACCCUUUUCUGAAGCUGUACCCGUUUGCAUUUGAGCCGAACGCAUCUCGCAUCGCAACAUAUGGGAGCAAUUGAGGCAUAAAGCUCAGCUAUUGUGGCCCACAGAGCCCCGGGCCCUCUCUCAGGGUGUCGGGGAGACGGCCCUGGCACCGAGCGUUCCUGCACACAGAUAAACACAGACUUUUACUGGCAGUGCGGCGCACUAGACCGCGUGCUAAUGAUGCCCUGCUCAGUUUACAGGCUGCUGUGGAAAGAGAAGAAGAAAAAGCAGCUCAUCUGUGUGUCGAACAGGCGAUAUCACACGGCUGCAUGUGGGUCUCUCUGACCCACUUCUCCCGGAGGAAUUAGAUUAACGCCUAAUCUUGCAGAAACUGCACUGUUGCGCUGGAUGCAGUUUUUCUUUUCUUUUCUUUUUUUCCGUCCGGCGUGACACGGUCAAACGGGAUGAAUAGUGUGAAGGCAGUUCUGCUGGACUGUGAAUGAGGAUGAUCUCACAAUACGCUCCGCUCAAGCCCACCACCCCAACUAAAAUCUCUGAAGAGGGCGACGAUGUUUUGGGGGAUUACACGGUGGGCGAGCAGGUCUGGGUCAACGGUGUCAAGCUUGGAGUUAUUGCCUACCUGGGGGAGACCCAGUUUGCCCCGGGACAGUGGGCAGGCGUGAUACUGAAUGACCUAGUUGGCAAAAACGACGGGUCAGUGGGCGGCGUGCACUACUUUGAGUGCCAGCCCCUCCAGGGCAUCUUCACGCGACCCUCGAAGCUCACCCGACAGCCGGUCGGAGAGGGGAGCGACAGCCACUCCACUGACUCUGCUCAGAAUCAGACUCAGCAGGGCGGCAAUGGCGUCCCGCCUGGCCAGAGGGUGGUAGUGCCACUGAGAGAGUGCCUGCUCAACAGCGCGGUGAAGACGGGCUACGAGUCCGGGUCCAACAUGUCCGACAACGGUUCGGUUAAGGGUUCGGUGAAGAAAGGCGAUAAGGAUCUUCGAGUUGGAGAUCGAGUUUUGGUGGGAGGCUCUAAGAUGGGAGUUAUUCGCUACAUGGGAGAGACGGACUUCGCCAAGGGUGAAUGGUGUGGGGUCGAGCUGGAUGAGCCCCUGGGGAAGAAUGAUGGUGCUGUGGCUGGUACAAGAUACUUUCAGUGUCUUCACAAGUUUGGCCUGUUUGCUCCGAUCCACAAGGUGAUCCGCAUCGGCUUCCCCUCCACCAGCCCGGCCAAGGCCAAGAAGAGCAAGCGGAUGGCCAUGGGGGUCUCCUCUCUGGUCCACAGCCCCAGCAGCUCCUCCAUCAGCUCCGUCAGCUCGGUGGCCUCCUCCGUGGGCGGGCGGCCGAGCCGGACUGGACUGCUGACCGAGACGUCGUCUCGCUACGCCCGUAAGAUUUCGGGCACCACGGCGCUGCAGGAGGCCCUGAAGGAGAAGCAGCAGCACAUCGAGCAGCUGCUGGCCGAGAGGGACAUGGAGAGAGCCGACAUGGCCAAGGCCACCAGCCACAUCAGUGAUGUGGAGAAGGACCUGAGCAUCCUCAAGGUGCAGCACGUGCAGUACAUAUCGGAGAACGACAGCACCCUGCAGCAGGUCAAAGCCGUGCUGGCCAGCACUCAGAAAGAUAAGCUGGAACUGACCAAUCAGCUGGAAGAAGAGAAAAGGAAAGUGGAGGACCUCCAGUUCAGAGUAGAGGAAGAGUCCAUCACCAAAGGAGACCUGGAGACUCAGAGGAAAUCGGAGCGCGGCCACAUUCGUCAGCUCGAGCAGAGUCUGCUCCUCGAAAAGUCGAGAGCAGAGGUGCUUCAGAGAGACUUAGAGAAGAGGAGGCAAACCACAGUCGAAGAGCAGAGUCGUAUCAUGCAGCUGGAGCAGGAGCUCAGCCUCAGGAGAGCCGAGAUGGAGAACCUCCAGACCAAACUCAGGGGGUCCGACCCGAACUCGCAGGGGGCCGACGACGGCGACGCGGCCCCGGGGCCUGAGGCCCAUCCGGAGACCCUGGUCCUGCGUGCGCAGCUGGUGUCGGCGGGCCGCGAGCACAGCAAGGAGAGCAGUGAGCUCAAGGAGAAGUACGAGGCGGCGUUGGCGGCGAGCCGGCAGGAGAGAGACUCGCUGAAGGCGGAGGUGGAGAAAAGGAGCCAGGAGGUCAGUGAGAUGAAGCAGAAAGUCCAACAGGCCACCAAGGAAAACGUGGAGAUGAUGGACACCUGGAAGGUUAAAUUCAACACUCUAACGAUCAACCACCAGCGUUCCUUGGAGGAGCUGAAGGCCUCGUUGCGUAGCGAUCACCCAACUCCAGAGGGCUCAGAGCAGGACGCCCAGGAGCUGAGAGCCGCUCUGGAGAGCCUGAAGACGGAGCACCAGCUGGAGGUGGAGAACCUCAAAGCCAAACACAAGAUCGAAGCCGCCAUUCUGACCAAGGAGCGCGAAGACUUCUGCACUCGCCUCCAGGAGGCCAAGGACCAGCUGGCCGAGGGCAACCAGGCGUGGAGCGCCGAGGCUCAGGCCAACGGCGGCAGGCGGCCCCUGGAGGAGGCGACCGAUAAGCUGCAGAAGGCGGAGCAGAGGCUGGCGGAGAUGGAGAAGCUUCGGAUGGAGCAGGACAAAAGCACGGAGCAGCUGAGAGAGCGGCUGGAGCUGUCGGAGAAGAAGAUGGCGGACUAUCGGGCUCUGCAGAAGGCCCAGACGGAGAGCCAGGAGGGGAUCCAGAGGCUGGAGGAGAAGCUGAGGGUGACGGCCAACCAGCUCCAGGCCAUCCAGGCGGCCCGCUACACAUCCCGUGAUGCAAAUGUGAUAGAGGACAACGACAUUUCAGAUGAGAAGAUGAAGCUGAAACAGAACAUCGAAGAAACAACGGAGAAGUUGCUGAAAAGGGAGAAAGAGGUCUCCACUCUCACCUCCCAGGUCGAAGCCCUCAAGAGCCAGACGGGAGCACUGGAGGCCAAAGUUCGCUCAGGGGACAAGAAAGCCGAAGCUCAGGCCCAGGAGAAGAUGCGCUUGGAGGCGGAGCUGGAGUCCAUGACCAGGAAGUCCCAUGAUGCCUCUGGGCAGCUGGUCAAUAUCAGCCAGGAGCUGCUGAAGAAAGAGAGGAGUCUGAACGAACUGAGGGUGUUACUCCUGGAGUCGCAUCGCCAUUCCCGGGACAUGGAGAAAGACCUGAACCGAGAGGUGCACAAGGCCGAGUGGAAGGUGAAGGAGCAGAAACUCCAGGACGACAUCAAGACCCUGCGUGAAAAACUGCUCCUACUGGGUCAGGAGCGGUCUUCACCUGACCACCGGCGGUACUCCAUGCUGGACCCGUCUGUCCUGGACUCGGAGGUGAGCCGCCUCCGCCAGCGUUUGCUCAGCACGGAGGACGCCCUGAGGAACGCCAUGGACCACAACCAGCAGGUGGACCAGCUGGUCCUGGCCAUGCGCAGGCAUCCAGAUAAAAGCCCGGUUCAUGGUGCCAAUUCAGCCAAUGGGAUUCAUCAUCAGGAGUUGGGCAGCGCUCGAGAUGUUGGAACAACACUGAUAUGAGCAGAAGAGACGAGACUGAACCGGGACAUGCGGAGGUCCGUCUUCUUCAUGUUCCUCCUGAUCCUGCCACGGACGCCUGAAGAAGAUUUCAGUUUGCAGUUUUAAUACCAAAACAACGAAUCUCUUGUCUCCGAGUGAAUUUAUGUGUCGUUGCAGAAAGCACCUGUUAGCCAAUCACGAGGGCCGCUUACAGUACUAUAAAAUAUACACAGGAAAUGGGACAUGGACGUGAAGAGAUGUUAUGGGUACAACUCCUGAGACCUUUGAUGCUUUACAGUAGUUUAGAAAAAAUGUCAAUCCGCAAGUUGCCGGGAACUCUGUGACAAUUCUUAGUUUUGAAUCGGAAAGAAAACAGCUGACGGACGACGAUGUGGAGAACUGAAGGGACUUUGUUUUAUUUAUUGCUUUUACUUUGAUCCUUGACCAGCGGUACUCAGAGCGACUCCUCGAGGAAAACUUCAACUGUUAUUUUCUCUUGACUUCGUACCUGAUUGAGAGAAUUGGUCUGUUCACUCUCCUGCUUUCUUGUACAAUAUGAUGAGUAAUUGUGGGUUGAUGGAAGUAUUAAAAAGGCCCUUUAAAGUGA